UGGCAUCAGCUGCUAAAGAAUUUAAAAUGGACAACUUUUCACCUAAAGCUGGCACUAGCAAAUUGCAACAGACAGUACCAGCUGAUGCAUCUCCUGAUUCUAAGUGUCCUAUAUGCUUGGAUAGAUUUGAUAAUGUGUCUUACUUAGAUCGCUGCUUACAUAAAUUCUGUUUUCGCUGUGUACAGGAGUGGUCAAAAAACAAAGCUGAAUGUCCACUAUGUAAACAGCCUUUUGAUUCUAUUUUCCAUUCUGUGAGGGCAGAAGAUGACUUCAAGGAGUAUGUCUUAAGGCCUUCAUAUAAUGGUUCUUUUGCCACCCCAGAUGGUCGACGAUUUCGCUACCGUACAACUAUGACAAGGGAACGAAGUGCUUCUGUGUAUUCACCUAGUAGUACUAUGAGUAGAAGAACAACUACUCCUCCAGAUAGUGGAGUACUAUUUGAGGGGUUAGAUAUUUCAACAAGACAUAGAGAUGUGGAAAUUCCUCAACUUAUGAGACAAAUUGCAAUAAGGCGGCAGCAUACUUCAGAUGAGAGAUCUUUGCGGAAAAUUCAAGAGCAAGAUAUUAUUAAUUUUAGACGAACUCUCUAUCGUGCUGGUGCUCGAGUUAGAAAUAUUGAAGAUGGUGGCCGCUACAGAGAUAUUUCAGCUGAAUUUUUCCGUAGAAAUCCAGCUUGCCUACACAGAUUAGUCCCUUGGUUAAAACGUGAACUUACAGUUCUUUUUGGAGCUCAUGCAUCAUUAGUCAAUAUUGUCCAGCAUAUCAUCAUGAGUAAUGUUACUCGCUAUGACUUGGAGAGUCAAGCAUUUGUGUCUGAUUUAAGACCAUUUUUACUUAAUCGAACUGAGCAUUUUAUACAUGAAUUUAUCAGUUUUGCUCGAUCUCCUUUUAACAUGGCAGCUUUUGACCAGCAUGCUAAUUAUGAUUGCCCUGCUCCUUCAUAUGAAGAAGGCAGCCAUUCUGAUUCUUCAGUAAUAACAAUAUCUCCAGAUGAGACUGAGACCCAGGAGCUGGAUAUUAAUGUAGCCACUGUUGGUCAGGCACCAUGGGAUGAUGAAACUCCAGGACCAUCUUACUCAAGCUCAGAGCAGGUACAUGUUACCAUGUCUUCCCUUUUAAAUACUUCUGACAGUUCAGAUGAAGAACUUGUCACAGGAGGAGCACCACCUCAAAUACAAGGAGUACAAACCAAUGAGGGCCUAAAUAAUGACAGCGAUUCUUCAGAUAAUUGUGUCAUUGUUGGGUUUGUUAAACCACUAGCUGAGAGGACUCCAGAACUUGUUGAACUAUCCUCUGAUUCUGAAGAGUUAGGCUCUUAUGAGAAAAUGGAGACAAUAAAGACUCAAGAACAAGAGCAAUCUUACAGUUCUGGUGACAGUGAUGUUAGUAGAUGUUCAUCUCCACACUCUGUCCUUGGAAAGGAUGAGCAGAUGAAUAAAGGUCAUUGUGAUUCUGGUACAAGAAUGAAGUCAAAGAGAGAAGAGAAACGAUCUACAUCAUUGUCAGCUCCCAGAGACCUGAGCUCAUCUAUGAGAGGAGACAGAGUAUAUUCCCCAUAUAACCAUAGACACAGAAAGAGAGGAAGAUCUAGAAGUUCAGAUUCAUGUUCCCAAAGUAGAAGUGGGCACGAUCAGAGGAAUCACCGAAAGCAUCAUGGAAAGAAAAGAAUGAAGAGCAGACGGUCCAGAAGCAGGGAGAGCAGCAGACCUAAAGGGAGAAGAGACAAAAACAGAUCAAGAACUAGAGAUAGCAGUUGGUCACGAAGAAGCCAAACUCUUUCUCUAAGUAGUGAAAGCUCAAGCAGAUCAAGGUCUCGGAGCAGUGAUCACGGCAAAAGAAGAUCACAGAGCAGAAAUACAGAUCGUUAUUACUUAAGGAAUAAUUAUGGAAGCAGAUAUAAGUGGGAGUAUACCUAUUAUAGUAGAAACAAAGACAGGGAUGGCUAUGAAUCUUCUUACAGAAGGAGGACUCUGUCCAGAGCCCAUUAUUCUAGACAAUCUUCAAGUCCUGAAUUUAGAGUUCAGUCCUUUUCUGAAAGAACAAAUGCUAGGAAAAAGAAUAAUCACAGUGAAAGGAAAUAUUAUUAUUAUGAAAAGCACAGAUCGAGAAGCCUGUCUAGUAAUAGGUCAAGGACAGCAUCUACAGGACCUGAUAGGGUGAGAAAUGAAAAGCCUGGGGGGAAGCGAAAAUAUAAAACACGACAUUUGGAAGGUUCUAAUGAAGUGGCUCAACCAUCUCGUGAAUUUGCUUCUAAAGUUAAGGACAAUCAUUACCAAAAAUCAUCAAAAUUCGAUGGAAGCUACAAAAAUGAAAGUGAUAGCCUUUCAGACAGCCGAUUAUCAGACAGAGACACAAAACACAAAAGAAGAAAAAGGACUCGGAGCCUAAGUGUAGAAAUAGUUUAUGAAGGAAAAGCUACUGAUACAACUAAACAUCAUAAAAAGAAAAAGAAAAAACACAAGAAGAAGCAUAAGAAGCACCAUGGAGAUAAUAUCCGUUCCCCAGUUGUUAUUACCAUUGAUAGUGAUAGUGAUAAGGAUUCUGAGGUAAAGGCAGACAUGGAGUGUGCCAAUAGUGGUACUCAAGACUCCCUACGAAAUGAAUUUCUGGCUCCUUCCUUAGAACCACUUGAAACUAAAGAUAUAGUUACAAUUGAAGAUGAAUUUGGUAUACUGGACAAGGAGUGUGAUAUUACCACACUUACUAAUGACUUGAAUAAUGCCAACAAAACUGUAGAUAAUAAUCCACACCAGGCAGCUUCAACUGAACAAACUCUUGAUGUAAGAGAAGAGUGCACCUUUGCCUCUGUUUUGGAGAACCAGUCCAGUAAUGUAUCUAUUCAAACUGAGCCAUCAAACCACUUGCCAUCUCCACGGACAUCAUUAUUAUCAGUGUCUCUUGGUAGAGACUUUGAUAUGUCUUAAAACUGCCAAAGCAUCUCAUAGGAAUUCAGAUGGUAUAAGAAAGAAUAAAUUGUCACCUAGUACAGUAUAUUUAAAGAUGACUUUUGUUGAAAGCUUUUCCCCCUUAAGAUAUUGUGAUUUUUUUGUUCUAAUUUGUAAAAAUCAUUAUUUGUUCAAAGCAUAUGUAUGUUCUGCCCUCAGAAAUAUGCACUUUUGAGUGAAGAAAAUGAUAUUGCUAGCAGUUUAUUUAAAAGUUCGGAUCUUUUUAAAAUAAAAAAUAUAAAUUUUAGAAGUUAUUUCAUAAAGCCAUAUGUAUUGACAUUUUUAAGGUAGUAUUUUUGAAUUUUUUUUUUUUGAGAGUUACUCUUAAAAUGUGUUAUAAGAAGAAUCCCUUUGAACUGACUUUAUUUUUCUUCUAAAAAAUUUGUAUGACAGAACCAUUUCUUCAGGCUAAAUCAAGGCAUUUUUAACCUGCACAGUUUAUCUUCAGCCAAAUGAAAAAUUUAGUAUUUCCUUUAUAUACUUGUUUAUCUGGACUGCCAGUAAGGCAAAUGUGUAUUCA